CCCACCCUCAUCCGCCAUGGCCGUGUGGACAGAGCACACCAACGCCGCCGGGCGCAAGUACUGGUACCACACGCAGGAGAAGCGCAGCGUGUGGGACAAGCCCGACGAGCUGCGCACGCCGCGCGAGCGCGCCAUGGCCGCGACGCCGUGGAAGGAGUAUGCGGCGGGCGAGCGCCGCUACUACGUGCAUGCCGAGACCAAGGAGACGACGUGGAAGGUGCCCAAGGAGCUGCAGGACAUCUUCGACACGAUGCCCGAUGAGCCGGCAGCAGCGGCGGCUGCCACGCCUGCCGCUGCUGCUGCUGCUGCUGCCGCAUCGCCCGCCGCGGGCACUCCGCUCUCCGGCGGCGUCACUCCCGCAACAGCCGCGGCCGCCUCUCCGGCGCAAGUCGCUGCUGGGCACAGCAGUCCCGGCGGCGCCGCUCGGCCCGUCUACUCCGGCCCGCCUCCCGGCUUCGCCGCUCCCGCCGCAGGCUCGCCCAACGGCGGGCUGGCCGGCUCGCCUGCUUCUGCCAGCCUGCCUGCUCGUCCCGCCGUCGACGCAGCUGCGCCCGUGCCCUCUGCACCGCUGCCAGCCUCGCUUCCCCAACGCGUCGUUCCCGUCGGCCCCGCCUCCAGCGCGCCGUUUGCGCCCGGCGCAUUCGGCGGGCCGGGAGGCGGCGAGGCGGCAUUUGUGUCGCUGCUCAAGGGCAAGGGCAUCGAUGCAUCGUGGACGUGGGAGAGCGCCAUGCGAGAGAUCAUCACCGAGCCGCUGUACAAGGCACUCAAGAGCAUGAGCGAGCGCAAGGCGGCCUUUGCAAAGUACGUCGCCGAACUGCAGCGCGAGGAGAAUGAGCGCAGAGAGGCGCAGGUCAAGGAGCUCGAGCCGGGAGUGCGCGAGCUGCUGGAGAACAUGAAGCAGCUCAAGCCCUUCUUCUCCAUCGAGGCGACGAACCAGAUCCUCGCAAACGAGCCAAAGUGGAAGCAGCUCAGAGAGGUGGGAGAGGAAAAGGCGCGCGAGCUGUGGGAGACGGUCAAGAAGGAGUGGAAGGAGAAGGAGACUGCGGCUCAACGCGAGCUUCGUCAUCGCAACAUGGACAUGCUCAUGUCUCUGCUCCUCACUUUCGAAGCCGACGUCUUUACGCGCUGGAAAGACGCCCAGCGCACCGUGCUCGAGUCCGACGAGUGGGCCACCGAUGCCCAUCUGUCGACGAUGGACGCGGCGGACAUGAUCAUUGUGUUUGACGAGCACAUGCGGGCGCUGGAGAAGGAGAAGGAGACCGAGGCGGCUGCGGCACUCAAGAAGCGCAGACGCGAUGAGAGACGCAGGAGGGAGCAGUACAAGCAGCGCCUGCAAGAGCUCGUCGCAGAUGGCACCUUGACGGCGCGCACGCCCUGGCCGACAAUCUACAAGCUCGUCAAGCACGACGCCGACUUUGCCGAGCUCGCAGCUCAGCCGGGCAGCUCGCCGCUCGAUCUGUAUUUCGAUGUCGUGGAUGAGCUCGAGAGCAGGCUGCAUGCGCGCACGAAGCACGUCGAGCGCCUGCUCGAGAGCGCGGGGACUGAGGCGGCACACAUCGACGAGAAGACGGAGUUUGAGGACUUCAAGCUGCGCCUGAAGAAGGCAAGCGAGCAGGACGGCGAAGGCGCAGAGGUGCUCAAAGACGAGAAGGAGCUGCGGCUCGUGUUUGACGAGCUCGUCGAGCGCGCCGUGCGUGCCCAGGCCGAACAGCGCCGGCGUGCGGAGCGUCGCCUGCGCCACCUGACCGAGGAUCUGCGCUAUGCGCUGCGCAAAGUCUCGGCGCUGCCGGUCGAGGACGAUGCGGCCCUCGAGCGCCCGUGGGAGGAGUGGCGGCCCAAGCUGGCGGCGCUGGAGCUCAAGGAGUGGAGCGAGAUGCAGAGACUGGACAUUGAGGAGGACAAGGUUGACGAGUCGAGAAAGAGCGCGUGGGAGCGCUUCGUCAGACGUCAGAAGGAGAAGAAUGAGGAGCGCAGAGCCAAAGAAGGCAGUCCCCACCUCUCCUCCUCAUCUCGCAAGCGCAGAGAUGCGGCGGCCGACGAAGAGGAAGACAAGUCUCGCCAUCGCAGCAGCAAGCAUGCGCGCUCGAGCCGCGACGCGCGUGACGCGCGGCCGGCCUCGGGACGCCGUGAGGAGGAGGAGAGAAGGAGAGAGAGACCUACGGAGGGAGAGGAGAGUGCGCGCAAGAGAGCGCGCCACGAGGAAGAGGACAGCGAGAAGGAGGAAGGCGAGGUGUGAGGCAUUGCAGCUGGCAGUACGCGAUGCAAUGCCACCUGCUCUCUCCUCUG